CUUGAAAGCUUUAAAAACCACAAUUCAAUCUCAACACAAUCUCAAUCCUUCAUUCCUUUUCUUCAAGUUUUACUUUUUCAAGAUGAUCUUAACUUCAUAUUUACCGACUACUAGAUUAAAUAAUCUGAACAAAAAUCAAUUAGUCGAAUUAUUAACGUUGACUUCAUUAAAAAGUGCAGUCUUUUGGUAUGUUAUCUGGAAUGCUUCAAUCAAAUCUUUUCGCCAUUUACGUAGUCGUGGUCUUAGAACGACUAUCAUGGAACUUCAUACUCAAGUUUUAACUAUUGGUUUCAAUUUAUUACUCAAGAUUCCUUCAAUGAAAGAAAAAGUUAAUAGUCAGCUUGAUCAAGCUUCAAUUGAUAUCGAAAACAAAUUAUCACCCAAAGAUUCGAAAGUGAUUAAAUAUUCAUCAUUACCAGAUCAAGGUAAAUCAUCAGAUUGGAUUAAAAACGAACUUCAAACAUUAGCUUCAUUACCUUCAACAGAAUGGCGUCAAGGAAAGGUUUCAGGUGCAAUUUAUCAUGGUGGAAUCGAAUUAGAAGAAGUGAUUGGUCUGGCUUUUAAUCAAUAUAUGAUUAGUAAUCCUUUACAUCCGGAUAUCUUUCCUGGUGUAAGAAAGAUGGAAGCUGAAAUCGUUAAAAUGGUCCUCGAGCUUUAUAAUGCUCCUCUUAAUCAAGGAGCAGGUACUACUACAAGUGGUGGUACUGAAUCAAUCUUGAUGGCUUGUAAAACUUAUCGAGAUUGGGCUCGUGAUGUCAAAGGUAUCACUGAACCUGAGAUGGUGAUUCCUAUUAGCGCUCAUGCUGCAUUUGAUAAAGCUGGAGAUUAUUUUGGUAUCAAAGUUCAUCAUAUUGCAGUGGAUCCUAAGUCUAGAAAGGUUAAUGUUGCUCGAGUUAAACGUGCUAUCAACUCUAAUACAAUCAUGUUGGUCGGAUCUGCACCGAAUUUCCCAGAUGGUGCAAUUGAUGAUAUCGUAGGCUUAGGAAAAUUGGCCAAGAGAUACAACAUUGGGUUACAUGUAGACUGUUGUCUAGGCUCAUUCUUAGUUCCAUUUGUCGAAAAAUGUGGUUUCCCAAUGGAUCCAUUUGAUUUCCGAGUUGAAGGUGUCACUUCAAUCUCAUGUGAUACACAUAAGUACGGAUUUGCGCCCAAAGGAAGUAGUGUGAUCAUGUAUCGCAGUUCGACAUGGAGAAAAUACCAAUACUCUGUCUUGACCACUUGGCCAGGCGGUGUCUAUGCUUCUCCCUCAAUCGCUGGAUCUCGACCUGGAGCUCUCAUUGCCGGUACAUGGGCCGCAGUGAUGUAUAUGGGAAAAGAAGGAUAUCAACAAAGUUGUUUAGAAAUCGUUGGAGCGGCUAAGAAGCUUGAAAAAGCUAUUCGAAAUGAGAUUCCAGAAUUAGAAGUGCUUGGUAAUCCAUUGGUUUCAGUAGUCGCUUUCAAAACUAAAGAAGAUAGUCAUGUGAAUAUUUAUUCACUUGGUGAUCAUCUUGGUAGUAAAGGCUGGCAUCUUAACGCUUUGCAGAACCCUGCAGCCUUGCAUAUCGCUUGUACACGACCAACGGUUAACGCUGUUGAUCACUUGAUCAAUGAUUUGAAAGAAGCUAUUCAAGAGGUCAAAGCUAGUUCUGAAGAAUCCAAAGGUGAUAUGGUCACUUUAUAUGGUUUAGGUAGUUCUAGUGCAAUUGGACCAGGUUUAGUAGCUGAUCUUGCAAAGAGAUACUUGGACGCUUUAUACACUGCUUGCAUAACCUUUUUCUUUCUCUUUUUCUUUUAGCGCAAUUCACUUCUCAUUUUCAUUCUAUAAAUGUUAAUUAAAAAUCUUUAGACUUUUUGUUUGAUGGAUCUAUCAAUUUAACAUUCUCUCGAUGGUCAUUUUUUCCUUUUCGUUAACUUUUGCUAUCGCAAAGAGAGUUUGUCACAUACACAAUUUGAGUUUGAUUUUAGAUUCAUGUUUCAAACAACCAAAAAUCGAUGAAAUUUAUCGUAAUAGUGCC